AUGUGGAGAGUUUCCAUAAGGAAGACCUUUGCUGUCCACAUGACGUACAACAAGGAAGCCACACCUCCAGGCUGUAACCUGCCCAUUGAUGUCAGGUCUCUGUUCAGAAUGGUCUCCCUUGUCAAGCCCGACUUCAGCCUCAUUCUGAAGGCUAAGUGUGCUGCCAUGGGAUUCAGAGCACCGACCGUGCUGGGAGCACGACUCAAAGCUCUAGCACAGCUGGCCAAGGAUGAAUUACCACCAGAGUGCCACCAUCACUUCAGUGUAGCCACACUAGUGGGGGUUCUUAAGAGGGCCACACAGAAGAGAAAGUUUAUCCGAGACGAGAAAUCGGUGGACAGACUCGAGGCCAAAGACAGGGAAACUUCACGGUCAGACAGUCAGGCCUCUGAGGCCCCCUCCAAAGUAGCCAACCCCCAACAGAGUGUUACAG